CAACAUCAUACCCAACUUUUAACUCAUGAACGCGCCAAAAAAGGAAGCAAAAAAAAAUCUCUACGUUUCAAAAUUCAAAAAGUUUUUGCAAAAAAGUAAGUAAAACAAGAAAAAAGAGAAAAACAUUGGCCCCAUAAUCAAUUACUAUCAAUCAAAACAAUCAUGCCACCGUGCUCCAACAAAGAUGAUUAAUUCUCCGCCUACAAAACCAGACCUCAUAGCUCAGCAUUUGUGUAUCACCACCAUUGCCAUGGGCAGCAAAAAUCUCCGCAACGCAGCGGUGGCGCUUCUCGCUCCUCUCCCUUCCAUCAUUUUCUAUCUGACCUUCCUCCGCCGUCACUCCGCCACAGACGACCCUCUCUCUCCUCUCUGGGCAUGGUGCUACAACCACCCUCUUCUGCUGGCCAACAUCCUCUUCUUCCUCAACGUCGACUUACUUUUCUGGCUCGUCGGCCUCCUCCAAUCCAGCCAUUGGAUGAUAGAUUUGUACUGGAUGGUGAUACCUAUACUACUGCUCCAUUACUUCGCCACUCACCCAUUAGCAGAAUCCGACGCAUGGAGAUCGAGGCUCGUGGUCUCUCUAACGUGGGUGUGGUCGCUGAGGCUCAGCCACUGCUACUUCCGCCGCGAGAAAUGGCAGUGGGGCGCUCGGGAAGAUUGGAGAUUCACCGACAUGCGACGGCGCCACGGCCGACGCUGGUGGUGGAUCUCUUUCUUCGCCAUCUAUCUCUCUCAACAGGUUUUUCUGAUGGCGAUAUGCAUGCCGUUCUACGCGAUCCACUCCAAUAAGAAGCGGCUCAACAUGUGGGAUUUGGCGGCGGCGGCGGCGUGCCUAGCGGGAGUGACGGUUGCGUAUUUUGCUGACACGCAGAUGUACGAAUUCAUGAGGUUGAAGGAGGAGAGGAAGGCGGUUCUAGAAGAAGGGUUGUGGCGGUAUUCCCGACACCCAAACUACGUGGGCGAGCAGUUGUGGUGGUCGGGAAUCGCCAUUUUCGGCUGGAAUUUGGAGUAUGAUUGGUGGUUUGUGGGGCCGUUGGCGAAUGGGGUGUGCUUGGGGGUUGUGACUCGGCUCGUGGAGGAGCGGAUGUUGAAGGAGCCGUAUAGGGCCGCCGCCUACCGGAACUACCAGAAAACGACGCCGAUUUGGCUGCCCUGCUUCAGAACAUCCUUACUAGGGAAACACAAGGAAACAUGAAUACCAUUUUCUAUCACUACUGUGCUUGGUGAUUGAGUGAUGUCGCUUUCUAUUUUUGUUUUUUGUUUUUUGUUUUUUUUAACUAAGACAUACCCUAAAUUGUAUUGACCAAGUUUUGCACCAUGGACUUAAUUCAGCAUGUUCUCUAUGGUUUCACAA